GGUUACUUUCCGUGCGCCCCGAAAGCUCCGUCAGUCGCUUUUGACAUCAAUAUGUUGGAGCUCAUGGCAGCAUUGUUCUUACGGGUGGCGCCGAACAUCACGGCAUGGGCGUCAACGCUGGAGGCUUUUCUUGGAGCCAGGCAGUUCAAACUGCGUACAAGGCAUUCCGUGCGCCGCCGCUUGGGAAACGCGCUGAACUGGUACACAUACCUCACAGACCACGUACAAGCGGAAAUAAACAGCGUUAUCAACCUUGCGCGAACGAAGAUUCUCACAACAAACUUGUCCUCCGAACAUCGAGGCCCCGAAUCGUCUUCUGAUGCCCAGACAAAAUCCGCCGAUUGCCAGGCGCCUGAGUCGGUAUCGUCGAACCAACCCCCGAGGUCAUCCAAGCAUACGUUCUCGGCCGGCUCCCAUGCGGAGGCAGGGAGGGCAAGCGCCUAUUUACGGUCUCGAUGUCCCUUGUGCUUUGGGGGCACUGGCCAGCACGACAAAUCCGUGGGGUAA